CUAGACAGGCGCUUUAACCAUCUAAGCCACGGCGCCGCCCGUUGCCCGGUUGUGUCGCCCACUCUCUUAUGCCUCUACUCGCCUCACCCUCCCUCCCUCCCCACCACGUCCUGCUCGCCGUGUGUUAUUAAACAAUGUAAUCGGUAGCAUGAGAUAACGCUCGGGAGCCGUUGCGAGGAUUAAAACCGCGCUCGCGCUUUAAGCGCCGCUUGUCCAGCACGUGGCGCAUUUUGGAGAGUUCGGAAGAUCGAGUGGUGGUUGGUGGUGGGGGGGAAGGUUGGCCGUGCGGUGUCUUAGUGAGUCAGUCAUGUACGUGACCCGCCCGGGCACAUCGGCCGUUCGCCUUUGUUUUUACGGCUAGUAUUGUUGCCGCUUUAAGAGAGGUCGCAGUUGUCGCCGGAGGCGCGCAGGGGGGUUUGUAUUGUCGAGGGUGGUUUAUUUUUUUUUAAUGGCGACGACGUCGAGGUGACGACGAGGUCUCGACAUGGAGCUCUCCGACGAAGAUAUCUGCCGGGUGUGCCGGUCGGAGGGGACUGUGGACAAGCCGCUCUUUCACCCUUGCGUGUGCACGGGCAGCAUAAAGUUCAUCCACCAGGACUGCCUGUUACAAUGGCUCAAGCACAGCAGGAAGGAGUACUGCGAACUCUGCAAGCACCGCUUCACGUUCACGCCAAUUUACUCUCCGGACAUGCCGCCACGCUUGCCAGUUGGCGACGUGGUGGCGGGGCUGCUGGCCAGUGUGGGCACGGCGCUGCGGUUCUGGUUCCACUACACGCUGGUCGCCUUCGCGUGGCUCGGGGUCGUGCCGCUCACCGCCUGUCGGAUAUACAAGUGCCUCUUCACGGGCUGCGUGAGCUCGCUGCUCACCCUUCCCAUGGACAUGUUGUCAACGGAGAACAUCCUGGUGGACUGCCUGCAGGGCUGCCUGGUGGUCACGUGCACGCUCUGCGCCUUCAUCAGCCUCGUGUGGCUGCGCGAGCAGAUAAUGCACGGUGGCGCACCUCCCUGGCUCGAGCAGAACCACCUCGCCGCCCGUGCCGCGCAGCACCAGCAGCAGCAGCACCCGCAGCAGCAGCAGCAGCCGCAGCAGCCUGACGGACAACAGCUCGACCCCGAGCCUCCGGGCGAGGCCCGGGUCGCCCAGGCUCUGCCGGCCGAUGCCGAGGACGACGAGGACGAGGAAAACGUGGACGAAGGGGACGAGGAGGAAGAGCAAGCGGGCGACAACGCCAAUAACGAUGCGCAGGAAGACAUGAACUGGAAUGCCUUGGAGUGGGAUCGAGCAGCCGAAGAGCUGACCUGGGAACGGAUUCUGGGGCUUGAUGGGUCACUCAUAUUCCUGGAGCACGUGUUUUGGGUGGUGUCGCUCAACACUCUGUUUAUUCUGGUCUUCGCAUUCUGUCCUUACCACAUUGGCCAUUUCUCCGUGAUCGGCCUGGGAUUUAAAGACUUUGUGGAGGCGUCGCACUUUGAGGGCCUCAUCACCACCAUCGUGGGCUACGUGCUGCUGGCGUUCACCCUCAUUCUCUGCCACGGUCUGGCGUCGCUCGUGCGGUUCCAGCGCUCGCGCCGCCUGCUCGGCGUCUGCUACAUCGUCGUGAAGGUGUCUCUUCUGGUGGUGAUGGAGAUUGGAGCGUUCCCUCUCGUUUGCGGAUGGUGGCUCGACAUCUGCUCUUUGGAGAUGUUCGACGCCACCAUGAAGGAUCGCGAGGCCAGCUUCCAGUCUGCGCCCGGAACAACGAUGUUCCUGCACUGGCUCGUCGGCAUGGUCUACGUCUUCUACUUCGCCUCGUUCGUCUUGCUGCUGCGAGAGGUGCUGCGGCCGGGCGUGCUGUGGUUCCUGCGCAACAUCAACGACCCGGACUUCAAUCCCGUGCAGGAGAUGAUCCACCUGCCGCUCUUCCGGCACGCUCGCCGCUUCCUGCUGUCCACGGUUGUGUUCGGCUCCAUCGUCGUGCUCAUGCUGUGGCUGCCCAUCCGCAUCAUAAAGGGGACCCUGCCGAGCUUCCUGCCGUACAACGUCACGCUGUACAGUCGCAACAACGGAGGGCAGAGGAGUGACGCUUACAACGCCGGGCGGCUAAAACGCAGAAAUUGGCACAGUGGGGAGCACAGUGACGCCCCUGUGAGCGAGCUGUCGCUGGAGCUACUGCUGCUGCAGGUGGUGCUGCCGGCGCUGCUGGAGCAGGGCCACACGCGCCACUGGCUCAAGGGGCUUCUCCGAGCGUGGACGCGCACCGCCGCAUACUUGCUGGACCUUCACUCCUACCUCCUCGGAGACCAGGACGAAGAGAACGAAAACAACGCCGAGAACGCGCGCGAGGAGGAAGAGGAGGAGGACGAUGACGACGGCGAGGAGGAAGAAGAGGACGACGAUGACGACGAUGAAGACGACGACGAGGAGGAGGUGGCGGAGGAGGAGCUGCUGCCGCCCCUCCUUGCUGCCGGGCGCAAUGGGAUUGCCGUCCCCAUAGUGGAGGGGCUGCACGCGGCGCACCAGGCCAUGCUGCAGCAGGGCGGCCCGACGGAGUUCCAGCCGUACACGCGGCCCCUGCACUUCACCCUGCGUAUCUUCCUGCUCAUUGGCUGCAUCUGCCUGACGCUGCUGUCGUCCAGCCUCACGUGCCUGGUCGUGCCAGUGUUGGCAGGCCGUUACAUCAUGAGCAUGUGGGCGGGCGGGCUGAAGCUGCACGAGCUGUACACGGCAGCGUGCGGGCUGUACGCGUGCUGGCUGGCGGCGCGCGGCGCCACCGUGCUGGCAUCGUGGGCCCCGCAGGGCCGGCGCGUGCUGCUGCAGCGCCUCAAGGAGCGCACGCUCAUGGUUCUGAAGACCCUGCUGGCGGCGUUCCUGCUGGCGGGCGUCGUGCCCCUGCUGGUCGGGCUGCUCUUCGAGCUGGUGGUCGUGGUGCCCCUCCGCGUGCCACUGCACCAGACGCCGCUCUUCUUUCCCCUGCAGGACUGGGCGCUCGGAGUGCUGCACACGAAGAUCGUCGCCGCCAUCACACUCAUGGGCCCCCAGUGGCGGCUCAAGGCUGCGAUAGAGCAGGUGUACGCCAACGGCCUGCGCAACCUGGACAUGCGCGUGCUGCUGCUGGAGCUGACGGGCCCCGUGACGGCCGCCCUGCUGCUCGCCCUCUGCGUGCCCUACGCCGUCUCCUUUGGGCUCGUGCCACUGCUCGGCCUGUCAGCCGAGACACAGACGCUGGCGGAGCGGCGCGUGUACCCGUGCCUGCUCGGAGGCUGCCUGGUGCUCGGCGUGCUGGGAGCUCAGCUGCGGCAGUUCCGCCGUCUCUACGAGCACAUCAAGAACGACAAGUAUCUCGUUGGUCAGCGGCUCGUCAAUUACGAACGGAAGAGUGGCAGGAGCAGCGCUUUGCCCUCAGACCUGUGACGAGAGCCGUUUUGACUCACGCCACGCCAACGAUGCCCCUCUACCCGCCGAAAUAUUUUCGCGUGCUUUGAAUUUUCCGAAACUUGGGAUGUGACCGAAGUAAAUGUGUGCGCUCGUGUGCGCUCUUGCGCGUCAGCCACUCAGAUUCGCGAGCGGACUCUCUCCGCCGCUCCUCGGAACUGGAAAAAUCGGCACGGAAUUUGUGCAAUGUCGUCCUUUACUGCUCGCUACUCUUCUGCGCUCUUUGCCGAACCCCGCAUUUGCCGAAUUGGGCAGAGGAAGCCGUCGAAGAUCCGAGUUGUUGGCUGCGUUCAGCGGUUCCGCACUCGGGAGACACAAAGACGCAAGCACGACACAGAGACAUUAAAAACAACACACAAACCGGAACUGCAGUUGGGCAGCCUGACCCAGGACAGGGGUGGACUGAUUUUCAGCGUGGGGCGACCCGAUGAACCGGCCCCAGAGUAAGACUGAGGAGCUGUCCGAAUUCGCCAAGAAAGCCACGUUCUAAAUGAAAUAUUAAUGUAUGCCGAAGGUUGUGAGCUUGCACAGUAACAGUUUUAUUUAAGGUGCUGCCCUUUUGCGGGAGGGAGGGGGUGUAGAACAGUAUUGCAUGAGGACAGGGCACCCUUUCAGUAUUUUUAAUGUGGCAGUUACAAAAGUGUUUGUUGACCCAUGAAACCAGAUCCGUUAGGGAAUGCAACUCACCGGGCCAACGGCAACCUGUGCACGGGGAAACCGUGCGUUCAAAAACUUCCAAUUGGUAGAAACGGCUACAGUUGGCGAUAUGCAUAUAGUGGAAGAUAUAAAUGUGUAAACUGCGUCUUGGCUUGUACGGGCAAUGAAAUAUUUUAAACUUUUCGGCACAGCCACCCACCGCCUGCAGUGAGUGCUGCUCGUGCCAAAUGCCGACUGCGCCGCCACUUCACCGCGUGGUGGCAAGGAUUAACCGUGGACGUUCCCACAAAUUUAAAAAUGUCGCAAAAUCACCCCACGGGGGAGGGGGGGGGGCGGUGGUGGGUGGGUGGGUUGGCGCGGCGCCCCCUCUGAAAAAAAAGGCCGUCCGGCAUCCAGCGUCCGUCGUGUUUGUCUUCUUCGAUGGCGUUGCGCGUCACGUCGUUCUCCCUCGAGACGUCAUUGUUUUCGAUGCCAGGCAGCAACGUGCACCUGUGUGCGGGAUGGUCUCUGUUGCCUCCGGCGGCAGGGUGGGGAUAAAGUUGAGAGAUGUGCGAUGCUGGGAGCCGUCGAGCUGCGCCUUCCUUCGUUACAGAGCAGAACUACUGACGGGGGCGGGGGGGGGGGCGGAAACCCUUCGCCGUGCUUGCAUCUCUGUCCCCGAGUUUCUUGGUUUGAUGUUGACGAGGGAUCCACGCGAGCGCCCUUUGCCCGGCGUUCGCGUGCUCGACGAACCCUUGCGGGGUUGCACCAUUCGGGCUCGAGGUGCGAGGUAGAUCCCUGCUGAACGAUGCAUUUGCAGAGACGGUGUAGGAGCACAGGUGUGUUGAUCGGGAUAUUGAGGCAGUACCGCUCAGAGGCUGUGUUCGUGUCCCUCGGGGUUGUCACGGUUGGUCGUGUUUGCAGGUGCUAACACGUGACGGUCUCACCACGUGGCUCCACAAAGCAAAUUUCUGAAUUCGGUCAUUUGCACUUUAUAUUGGGCAAAAUCACGCUUUAAGGGUGUUGCAAACAAAACAUGUUUUAGGCACUGCAAAGUGAAUGCAGUAACAACUAAAUGUUACACGAGCAAUAAUUCCACUAGUCCACCUUGCCCAGAGUUCCACCCACGGCGCUAAGGGGUGCUGGCUCUUUGACCCAACACAAGGUGGGUUGAAGAGCCACACAUUUCCAUUGCGAUGUCACCCAGUCUGGGCCGCCAGUGUCGACCCUGGUACCAGCCAGCUGGUCCUGUGGCACGUGAAUAGCCUAGGGCAGGCUAUACAUGGAGAAAAUACGUGUCCUGACGUAUACACGGGGAAACUGUGUAUAUGUAGCCUUGGCAAUAUCGAUGGCAGCUCUGUAAAUCCCGGCCACAUGGGCAGAGGUUAUAGCCUAGUUGACAGCUUAGUGAAGGCCAACCCAGGCCUCCACUCGGCUAUCCAGACCCCACAGGCCUUCCUUGUUUGGCUAAGCACACCGUAAUCGGGGUGGAAUUGGAUCACUGACAGAGAUUUUCAGUGACGAUUCUAGUGGGCCGUAAUUCGCCGUAAUCGCCAUUCUGGUGGGCUGCAUUUGGCAAUAAUUAGUCGAGAUAAGCAUAGCCGAUUGCUGGGAGAAGUUAGAUGUGUAAUGAAAUUUCAAAAGAACCCGGUUGUUUCGCACACAUGCCCCAUGGCAGAGUCCCCGUGAGAAUCCCGUCCGAACAAAUUAAGGCUUUUUAAACGCGGGAAUUUGUGGAAGUAACACAAUUCCCCCUUGGAAACCGCGCAAGGUGGAAAUUGUAGAAGUCGCCUAAGACAGUUCCUGUGGGAAUUUCCUUGUCGCAAUAUGUGCACGCUAAUUAAAGUUUUAACCAAACAACUGCAGCGGGAUCCUUUGCACAGUCAACGUGAACGGUGGCGACGCUUAACGAGACUGAAUAACCCCAUUUCACCACGCGCGGGUUUCAGCUCGUGCGCGGUCAACGCACGGAUGAGCAGUGUUACCGCCGGUCAAGGCCAGAUUCAAAUCCAUCGCAGCGGGAACACACUCGGAUGGAGGCUUGACGCGAAACAGAUUCAGCAGCACUCAAGGGCUAACACGGCAAUGGGUGCUGCUCGGUCUGUUCGACCGCCGCUGAUGUGGCUCAUCACAUUCUCGAACGCACAGCGUUAAGGAACCGCGUGCUAUUUUACUUGCGUUUUCAUCGGAACCUGGCAGCUUGUGCUGUGUUUGGCCUUUCAAACGUAUAUAUGAAAUGUUCGUUUUGGAACAGCUGAAAACUAUAUGUAUGCUAGUUGAAUUUUUUCUUCUGUUCGUGGUUAAUGUCACUCGCACGGUUGCACAUGGGGGUGCCACGUGUUUCUCAUUCAGUUCCCUGGGAAUAGACGUCUUCGUAAAUUUACAUCCAAUAAACAUCCAUGUUUUAAACAUUGAUUGCCAUAGGGAUGUUCACUUUACUACUGGUCCUUCGUGUGCCAAGAUUGAGAUCAAAUUGGCCAGAGGUUUCUCAAUCUCCCAGUCCUCGUGACUUUUCACAUUUACCAAUAUGCCAUUCAAGUACCAAUUACGUCUUUACAUGUUGCACAUACCUGAUAUAUAUACACGCAAGCUGAAACAAUUAUAUUCCACUUGCAUUAAUCAUGAAAGUACAUAACUUGAUUGUAAUGUUCUUAAUUUAAAUAAAGCAUGAAGUUACA